CCAUUUUGCGCCGAGCCGCUUUUGUGCCUGCAGAGAGGCGGGACGGUGCUGGGGAGCGCCAACUUCAAAGUGGCACUGCGCUCUCGAGCUGAUUUAUGGGCUUGCAGCGGCUGCAAAGCUCGGAACGGGGCAGGCUACGACUUCUGCUGGAAGUGCUGGAAGGUUCGAGACUCCGCGAAGACCACGAACCACGGUGCGACCAGCACCCAGGACCCAGACUUGGCAAAGCACGUCCAGGGCAACAUCGACAUCGUACAGAAGGAGGUUGAUGAGUUGCAGGCAGCUGUCGACAACGGCAGCGACAUCCCUCGUUGUUUCUCGGAGUGCAAGCUCGUACGAGAGAGGAACAAAACGCAGGCACAGCGGGAGCGCACUCAGGAGCGCGUCGAGAAGCUGGAGGAGGAAAUCAAGGAGGCCCAAGAGAAGCUUGAGAAAGAGAAAGCACUCCUGGCCAGACAAGAUGAGAAGCUGCAGAAGCAGAGAGCCCGCGUCGAGGAGCUCAGC